UUUUUUUUUUUUUUCUCUAAAUAUGAUACCUCCAAGUUCAACUAUUACAAAACAACAAGCAGAUGAGAUAAAACAAUUAGCACUUGAUGGAAAUAAAGCAGUGUUUCAACGACUCAAGGAUAUGGAAAAGGAAAUUCAGGCUAGGCAUAAGAAGACAAGGAUCUAUUCUUGGACAAUAGCAGCAUUACAAAGACAAUAUCAAGUACGACUUUGUGAAGAUCGAUUACUGAUGGAACGACGUGAAACGCAAUGGAACAAGCUUAUUGAACGACGACAUCAACUUCAACAAGAGAUUGUCACUUACACAAACCGGAUCCAGGAACAAGAAUCACAACUUCAAGAUACACGAACGCACGCCCACCAACGCUAUGAAAAGUACAAGCGCCGCCAGCACCAAUAUCAUCGAUAUGCUAAAGUACCUCUAUUUGGACAUACUUAUAAACGCAAGUACCUUCGAGCACAAAAGAAGAAUCAGCUGGCUGAAUCGCAGGUAGCCGCUUGUCGGCACGUCAUUGAUGCUAUCAAAGAUAAGAGGAUAGCUGCUGCAAGGGAAAUUCAUCAAGAUCAACAAGCACAUGAACAACUUAAGAUUGACAUCCAAUGUAUUCGGGACAGGAUCUCAAAGAAUGAAAAUCUCUGUAACAAACAAUGGAAAGAUGGAUUGACAUUUUGGACGGAGCGAAUGGCACUUGCUUGUCUAGCGGUAGAUCAGAAAAUCGUAUCUAUUCAACAUCUAUUACGACAACAAUCAUCAACACAAGAAUUGGAUUCGGUAUUGACAUCUUUUCAAUUGGCGUGUCUGGAUUAUGAACAAACCGAAACUUAUGGUGAACAACAAUCUCCAUGGUCUUUGGAAAAUGUGGAUUUUACUUGUGCCAAAUGCAUGCAACUGAUUCAUCAAGAAAAACCAAUGCCCGACAAGAAUCGUACAUCAGACAUCCUAUGUGCUACCUGUUAUCAAACUUCAAGAACUACCAUGAUCAUCAAGAAAAAAUUAGGUUUCCUUCAAUCCCCCUCAUCAUCAUCAUCCUCUUCUUUAGUAACGUCACCUUAUUCUUCUCUAUUAUUACCUUCUUCCCCUUCUCCUCCACUUACUCCAAAUCCAUCUAGACAGUCUUCCUUUACUCAUGAUUCCCCUUCUUAUGCACUUCCUAUUCCACCCCCAAAAGAUCCGUUUAUCCAAAAACCAUUGAAAGCAUGAUAAUAAACAAACAUUCUUUUUACAUCCUA